AUGCUGCUGGUGCGAUUGGAGGUGAGAAAUGAGUACGGGUUGGGAGAUCCGGAGCUGUACAAGAAGUCGUUGAGGAAGGAGGAUCCCAAGGCGAUCUUGGAUGGCGUCGUGGUGGCCGGUCUCGUAGGGAUCUUGCGGCAGUUGGGCGAUCUCGCCGAUUUGUUGAUAAUCAUCCACUUUUCUGAUGUUACAGAAGAAGAAGCCUCUGUGUUCCGGAUCUUCAUAGAUGAACCUGGAUAUGGAGAUCUCCACUGGAUGAGGACCUUUUUUCCUAUUUCUCAUAUGUCAGAUAGAACUGAUGAACAAGAGAAGAAGUGGUUACCACUAGCUUAUAAGAUGCAAAUAAUUGGAUGCUAUGCUCAGACAGAACUUGGUCAUGGUUCAAAUGUUCAAGGUCUUGAAACAACAGCGACAUUUGAUCCCAAAACAGAUGAAUUUGUUACUCACAGCCCUACACUUACUUCAAGCAAGUAG